UCCAAUGCCCACCCUAAACUGUGCCAGUUGUUCGACUCGAUCGAUGCUCAGUCAUCGACAAGUUGCCAAACAAAGCGACAUUAAAUAAACCUUAUCAGAAACUACUCAAUGGCUGAACAGAACGAACCAUUGUGCGGUGGGAUAUCGAGUGAGCUGCAGGACUCUGAUUUACAGGAUGCCCUGGAUAUAUUGAACACAUCGCUGGACAAAUUGGCCAGCAAGGGCGAUAAGCCCAGCUUAAAGGUUGUUAAAGUGAAGUCUGUGACGUCACAGGUGGUUGCCGGCACUCUCUAUCGCUACAAGGUUCAACUCGCCCAGGGCGAUGCCAUCAAAGAGAGCGACGUGAAGAUCUGGUCACGGCCCUGGCUGCCAGAGAACGGCACCAAUAUAACAAUCAACCUAGAGGGCGAUGACAACGUUAUCGAAAGUACUUUUUAAAUAAAUAAUUAGUUAUUUUUGAU